AUGUCGUUCUCUAGAACCUUCACUGCCUCAUCACUUCUCCUCUCACUUAUCCUUUUUAACAUUGUUGAAGCUCACCAGACAAACACCUAUGGAGCUACAUCGCCAUCCCCUCUUCCCCAAACAAUAGAUUGCAAGGUAGCAUGUGAAGGAAGGUGCAAAGUAUCAUCAAGGCCAAACCUAUGCAAUAGAGCUUGUGGUAGCUGUUGUGCGGUGUGCAAGUGUGUCCCUCCUGGCACUGCGGGAAACUUUGACUCAUGUGCUUGUUAUGCUAAACUCACCACUCGUAACCAAAUUCGCAAGUGUCCUUGA